CUGAGGUCCGAACCUGGAGACAGAGAGACUCGGGGAACAUUACCAUCAUCAUUCCCUAAUAACUUCUAGGGUAUAAGUUGAAGUGUUUAAACCCUGUGAAUCUCUAGUAACCGGAACGAAAGUUGAUAAUCCAGAGAUAAUAAUAAUAACAAGAGAGUAAAGGAAGUAGAAACCAUGACGGAUGAUGUAGAAACAACAGAAUUAGGGUUAGCGAAACAAGAAAUAGAGGAGAACAAGAAGAAUGAAAAGGAAAAGGUGGAAGAGACUGUAACAAUGACUCCAUGGGAGCAACAUUCAGCUGUGAUCAGUAUGCCUCGAUUCGAUUACAACGCACCUUCUUCUCUUAUGGAGUACUCGCAUUCAGGAUUCUUUAUUACCUGCUCCAUCAAGCGAGAGAAAAGUGCCACGAAAGAAGUCAUUUCUGUUUUAGCAAAGUAUAUUAGGUCCUUGAGUACAUCUAGUUCUGAAAAUUCAGAAACGUCUAAUGCAAAGAAAAGAAAAAUAUGCACUGGGGAAGUAGGAAGUGGUAAUGGUGCGGAGAGCAAAAGGACUAACGAUGGAAGUGUUGGAAGUACUAGAGAGGCUACUCCAUCAUCUCCUAAGAUGGAUGUGAUUGAGGAAAAAGGAAUUCUAUCCCUGGUCAAGCUAACAAGAAGCGGUUUGCUUCUUUUUACAUUUCCUAGAAGCUGCUCUCCUGACACAGUCGAUAUUGUGUCGAAAAUAUUUGAGUCUUUAGGUUCUGAGAAUCUGAAGCCACUAGUUUGGUGUCAUCGUAUUUUUCCCAUCCAAGCAACUUGUUUACUGAAAGAAGAGGAUUUGCGGACUGUUGUAUCCAAGCUAGUCCAAGAUUUCGUGGGCCGUGAACAGAAUAAAUUUGAAAAACCUUUGAAGUUUGCAGUUGGUUAUAACAGAAGAGGGGUCGACGAGACAGAGAUGAAGAAUAAGAAGACUGACCCAAAGUAUACUGAUUUACUGGUGCUAUUAGACCGAAACAAGUGCUUCAGCGUUGUAGCUGGUGUAGUUAAAGAAAUAGUAGCAGAUGCUGUUGUGGACCUGAAAUCUCCAGAGCUGGGCGUAUUCAUCGAGGUGUUACCUGUUUCGGGGAUGCCCAACGGGUCACUAGUGGUUGCCGUUUCAGUUCUUCCACACAAUCUCUUCACUUCAAAGCCAAAGCUCUGUGUUAAAGCAUUAACCGCUGAUACCAAGACCGCAAAUGGAGAAAAUUGAAUUCUUCCACAAUGAUCUUAUCUAGUAUGUUCUAUCCAAAUGGAGGUGCAAAGCAACAACAAAACUCAGUACUGCUUAGUAUAACGCAGUAGAAAGCUCAGUGGUAAGAGUCUCAGAUUUUGAUACAGAACAAUCAGAUAAAACUGCAAUAUCAGAUGAUAAUGUUAAAUAUACAUAGACCAGUAGAUCAGUAUCCCCAUUGAAAAUUUAAUCUGUUUGAUGUCAACUUUUUUACAACGGGAGACAUGACUGUGUUGGUAUGGUUAGGGGCAUCCUAAUGUCUCUUGGCUGAGUAUGAAAAUUCAUUUUCUUUACUGCCACUGUGUCUGUUAUGGUAGUCGCACCUCAUAAAAUCUAAGAUAUCUAAGAUUGUGGCCA